UUGCAGGUUUUUUUCGCUGAAAUGGAAUCUUAGCAACUAUUUACAAAUUAUUAAAACUGGGCUUAUGGCAGCUAUUGUUAUGGGUCAUGUGGAAUAUACUGAUACUAACGGUUUUAUAAUGCAGAAUGGCGGCGUUGUUCCGCCGUCACUUCUCCAGGAAAACCGUGUCCCACGUUUCUAUAAGGAAGCUAUUGCUAAAUGCGGUGCUGCAAGCCGAUCACAAUUACCUAGUACCGCACUUGUGUAUAAUUUAAUGGUCACAUCAUGUCUACCGCGUCCUGUACUCGGUAAUAUUUGGUCGUUGGUAAAUCGGACCAUGCCUGGUCAACUUACACGACAAGAAUUCUUCUCAUGCUUAGCACUAAUUGCACUAACACAGAAAGGCCAACCAUUGUCAGCAUUGUCAACAAUGUCUACACUGCCAAUCCCACACUUGCAAGCGUGCGCGCCAUUUGAUCGACACUUUCCUGAUGGCGAUAUUUUCCAACAGCAGAGAUUUCGUCAAGCCGUACAAAAAACUCCUGAUUCCUUAGGAGUAGCAGUAAACCUCCAGACAGUGGCAGCAACAUCAAGUGCAAUAUCGCUUCUUGCCGAUAUCGACUUUUCAGCCAGUAAUUCAACCACUUUCACUCAGUCAACGACAGUGUCCGUUACACAGAUUUCUGCUUCACAAUCACAUCCAUCAAUCAGCUCUGUUAGUACGUCUCAUGUGGAUAGUACUGCUUUGGAAACUCAAACCCCGAUCCCUCUUACUUCAAAUCAUGUUACAACUAAUUUGCAUAAUCAAGUUCUUUCGAAAGAUGUAUAUCAAUCAGCAACCAGUAUUUUGCAAAAUCUUGAAUUAUCGGAUGAAAUUCUGGAUGUUGUUCCUAAUAUGUCGAAAUCAAAUUCACGAACUCUGCUUUCGGAGACGAUUCCUUGUAACGGCAGCAUUUCGACAAAUAUUGAUGCGGAUAAAACUGUAGGAAUUUUAGAGUCAGUACAAAGCUCUGAUAUUUAUGCGACUAUGAAACUGACAACCGGUGCGAGUAAAGACAGAGAAGAAGAAUGCCUUUAUGUUUGGCGGCGUUGCAUUGAAGAAGCAUACAUAUUGUUAAAUGAUGCUGACUCAUUACUGUCUUGUUCAGCAAUGGCACAUAUUGCAGAAAUUGUUCAUACCGAUCGUGGUGCGAGGUACUUGAAUGCACUUUAUGAAAUCCAUGAAAUGACACUAAGAGUACGGAAAGGAAGAGUAGAUAAGCUGAUUAAACAGAAAGAACUGCUUGAUAAAAUCGACAAAAUAUGGGAACGUCUGAAAUGCUUCAAAGAGAAAAGUAUUGAUAGUGAGGAUACAAAUCAACUGGCAGAAGCAGUUAACAUAACCAUUCCCUCAAUACCCAUUCCCUCAUUAUGUGGUAUUUGCUUGUUAUGCGUUCCCCCAGUUUCUAAGCUUGAAUUUACUGGUACUAUAUAUCAUAGGCAAUGUGCUAAUUUAUGGAUUAAUCGAAUCGAUUCGUUUCUACCCAAAUUGAAGAAAUAA